UGAACCAAACAAUCACGCCGUUUUCAUGCACAGCGGUCCUUCUACGCCCAAAUCGAGCCAUCCUAACCGCCGCAGAUCCUUCUUCGAUCGGACUCCUCGAUAUUCUUCUCCAGUCCCUUCCCUCUCGCAAAAGAUUACUGUUUUUUUUUUUUUUUUUGCUCUCUUCUGCUUCAAACCCAGCCGCGCUUCCUCGCCCCCAAUCCCAAUGCGAAGUCGGUUUAGGAUGAAAUUAUGAGCAAGGCCAUGGAGUUCAAACCAGGAGACGAGGUGGAGGUCUUAAGGAGAAACGAGGAACUGAAUGUCUCUUGGUUUCCAGCAAUAAUAUCAUCGGUUCUUGUUAAUAAAUAUUCUGUGAGUUAUAAAUUAUUCGUAAAACCUCAAGGAAAGCCCAUUGCGGAGACAGUGGAUGAUAAAGAUGUUAGGCCCUCCCCACCUCUUGUUCCUCACAAGCAAGAUUGGACUGUUGGUGACAUUGUUGAGGUGCUUGAUACACAUUCUUGGAAGGUAGCGAAGAUUGCUAAGAUCCUCAAGAAAGGAUAUGUCGUCGCCAAAAUCUUUGGCUCUAUCCAGCUUAAAAGAUUUCUGCUAUAUGAUGUAAGGGUUCCGCAAGCUUGGCAGACCAACCAUUGGGUCAAUAAGGUCGAAAAUGGGAAGCAUUUUCAUUGCGGUUUGAUGCCUUCUAACUCCAAGCACACAGAAAAAGUUGAAGAUGGAAUUCACCAAGAAGCUUGCAUUAUACAGAAGUUCAACACAAAACACCCAGAAGCUUACAACGGGCAUAAAUUUGACAAAAGGCAGCUUUGCCCCAUGCCUCCGACAACUUUAGAGAGGGACCUCAGACUCCACUGCAUCGCGGCUUGUGAUCCUGAGAUAAUAGGUACUGGCAAGAAAAGGAAGGUGAGCAUGGAAGGCAGACGAACUUCGCCUAGAAAAAUUGAUGUUGUUACUUUCUCUAAAGUUUCAAAUCUUGAAAAUUGCAUGCUCAAGUCCGGUAAAACUAGAAGAACUGUGAAGACUGGGUUACAAGCUGAUAAGAUCUUCCUGGACGAGCAUGCCACACCUUUAUUUAGAAUACCUAUGGGAGUUGCUGAAGAGACCGAUGAAUGCUCUGUUGCUAGCUGUAGUAGUAACGAAACCGAAGAAAGUUGUUUCGGGGGUGCAGGAAGGCAUUCUAGGAAUGCUUCUGGAAAAUCUACUAAUGUCAUGCCUUCUAGCCCAAAUGAAGGCGAGAGAGAGCAUGAAACAAUCUUUAAAGACAAGUUAGCUGCCAGCGUCCAUAUGUUAGAGCUACGUGCAUAUCGAUCCACUCUGCGAGCUUUACAUGCGUCCGGUCCUUUAAGCUGGGAGCAGGAGACACUUGUAACAAAUCUACGUCUCUCGCUCAACAUAAGCAAUGAAGAACAUUUGCUUCACCUAAAGCAGCUACUAUCUGUGUAAGUCGUGCUUCGAAUCCAAACUAGUUGUUGUCUCUAGGUAUCGAGAUAUUCUCACUUUUCAAAGAUUAGCAUAGCAUUUCGUGCGGAGAAAGAGUUACCAGUCCAUGUUAAUUCAACAAUGCCCUGAUUUCUCCCAUUAGCUUUGUUGUUGUUUCAUGUGUAAUAUGAUUAUCCAAUCUACUUAGACAAUUUUCUUCGUAUAAGCAAACGAUAUGGUCUCUAUAAUGAACUUCAACUGCAAAUGGUUUAU